CCUUGCACACACACGCGCUCAAACUUUUCUAAGAGUUUUCAAACUUCUGCUCGAGCUAAAAUCGCCCGCACGCGAGCUCUCUCGCCGCCUUGACUCCCGUUUUCCCCGAUUUCCGUUUCGUGCUUUGAAAACUUUCUUUCACUCCAAGCAUUUUUUCCCCUCUUUUAAGUUAUGCUUGCCUCUUAAGUGUUUUCUUAUGGCGAAUAGAUGACAGCGCGCGAGGGUUUACAACUGCUUCACACGCGACAGAGUGGAGCUGCGCUUCUAUAGUUUUAUUUUUGUGUCUUUCUAUCUAUAGUGUGUGUAUAUAGUAGGCUACAGAGUAGUUCUCUCAAACUUUCCCAACACUUUCACUUCCAAUGGAUAUGGCUGCGCUCAUGUGGGACAUCAUUGUUUCUCUAACGUUAUUGAUUUCUCCGGCUUCGCUCUCGGCGGAUAAGAGCGGCUUCAGGAAACUGUACGUGCUUCAGCCGGGACCGAGCGGUACGGACGGGGUUCACGUGAGCUCUAUUUCGUCGCUAUCGGGAGCGUCGGGACAACCGCACUCCUACAAUGUGGAGCUCAAAGCCAGCUUUGGUGGCCAGGUCCGGACCCGCAGAAUGGGUCACCAGUCGAACCCGAACCCGAGCAUUCCGAUCCGUCAGGACGCGCAGCCCGGCCGACACACAACCAGCCAUCAUUUGAAAAUGUCAGGAGUGAACGUCUGUGGGGGGCAGUGCUGUGUUGGUUGGAGCAAGACCCCGGGAUCUCAGCGCUGCACUAAACCUAACUGUACACCUCCAUGCAAAAAUGGAGGAAUGUGCUUGCGGCCCCACAUUUGUGUGUGUAAGCCAGGCUCUAAAGGCAAGUCCUGUGAACAGACCACUCUGCCCCCAUCCUCUCAUCCAACUGGACCGUUAAACGGACACACCAAUGGUGGACUUCCAAAUGGAGGUCAUACAAAUGGAUAUCCCAACGGUCAUAAUUUAAUUCCCCAGCGGCCUAUUCCUCAGCAGAUCUUCCCGCAAGGCCAAGGUCAAGUGCCAUUACCGUUGCCAGGCACCAACAUGGGACAUCUGACUCUGUCCAUGAAGCCAUCACCGAAUGGACCCAUUCCUUAUCAACCACAAGUACAAAACCCGGUUUCAAUGACGAUGCACCAAAGCAAAACCCAGAAAUACAUGGUUCAACAGAAAAACUACCACACUCACACACAGGUGCAUGGAGUAGGCCCUACCCUGAACCGGGCCAUCCCUCUUUCAGUGGGACACAGUCCAAUAAAUGUAGGGAACCACACAGGCCGGAUCAAGGUGGUCUUCACCCCGACUAUCUGCAAGAUGACCUGCACCAACGGCCGCUGUCAGAACAGCUGUCAGCAGGGCAACACCACCACUAUCAUCAGCGAGAACGGGCACGCUACGGACACGCUCACCGCCCCCAACUUCAGAGUCGUUGUUUGCCAUUUGCCCUGCAUGAAUGGAGGAAAAUGCAGCGCACGGGACAAGUGCCAGUGCCCACCAAACUUUACUGGAAAAUUCUGCCAAAUGGCGAAUCCCACUGGUCACCAGGGUCAGCAUACUGUGUUAAACGGGCAGAAGACACACGUCCAUUCAAUGCACACGUUGCCCCUCACCUACGGCACUGGACAAAACCAGGGUUUGGUGAAUGUCCAUGUGAAACAUCCUCCAGAAGCCUCUGUCCAGAUCCAUCAGGUAUCUUCGGUGGACAGUAACGGACAGAUGAAGAACACACAGUCCAGUCACACCUUCACCUACCACAGCAGCAGCCAGAGCAUCCAACACGGUCACACUCACAGCGGCGUCAUUUACCCCAACCAGCAAACAUACCCCCAAUACCUGCCGGUGACUUCCAAGAACCAGCUAGGACGCUGCUUCCAGGAGACUGCUGGAAUGCAGUGUGGGAAAGCUCUGCCCGGCCUGUCUAAACAAGAUGCCUGUUGUGGGACGGUGGGCACAUCAUGGGGAUUCCACAAAUGCCAAAAAUGCCCCAAGAAAACAUCGAUUCCUUUGAUUGAAUGUCCUCAAGGCUAUAAGAGGCUGAAUGCCACUCGCUGUAUCGAUAUUGACGAGUGUCAGAUUCAAGGAGUUUGUCCCAAUGGAAACUGCAUAAACACAAUGGGCAGCUACAGAUGUAUGUGCAACCCAGGCUUUGUGCCUGAUCCCAGCCUGACCGCCUGUUUCCCCGAAACACCUGCUCUUCGCGAGGAGAAAGGUGCUUGCUUCCGAUUGGUCAGUUCGGGGAAGCAGUGCUUGCACCCUGUGUCCACUCAGCUGAGUAAACAGUUAUGCUGUUGUAGUGUGGGCAAGGCCUGGGGUCCUCAUUGUGACCGUUGCCCUCUACCUGGGACAGCUGCGUUUAAAGAAAUCUGUCCUGGAGGAAUGGGGUAUCAUGUCACCACACCAUACAUUUACAAGCCCAAACCUCCUAAUGGACACAUCCACCCAGACGGUCACGGGCAGAGCAAGCCCACCAUUAGACACCAAGCACCUGUGGAUCCACCCAUGCCCUUCCCCACCCUACAGCAGCCCGUGGAAGCCCUCAGCAUCACAGAGAGGCAGCUACCUGUGCCCACAGUUCCUCGGCAGGAGCUUUAUACUCACAUGAGUGUUGAUAGGUCAGUAGUACAGCCCGAACAGGCCCAGCUGUCACCCGGGGUGUCUACAAUGAGGAUGGAGCCUGCCCUCCCAGAGGUGGUGGAGAAGGUGUCACCACCCGCUCCUGUGGCACUUCCGCCAUCCGUAGAAAGUCAGGACAUCUCCCCAACACAGCUGGCAGAGAUUGACGAGUGUCAAGUGAGACCUGAUAUCUGUGGUGCAGGAAUCUGUUAUAACACAGCUGACAGCUACAAGUGCAUCUGUGAUGACGGCUAUAGAAUAGACAGUGAGGGCACCACAUGUGUAGAUGUUGACGAGUGUGCAGAGAGCCCAAGUUUGUGUGCUAAUGGUCACUGUCAGAACACUCCAGGCGGAUUCCUGUGUGCGUGCGAGCCUGGAUUCAUGCCUAACGAGAAGGGCACCAGCUGCUCCGAUAUCGAUGAAUGUCUAGAUUGGAGAGUGUGUCCGUCCGGUCUCUGCUAUAACACUCUGGGCUCUUUCAUGUGUUCUCCUUGUCCGGAUGGGUUUGAAGGGAGAAAUGGCCAAUGUGUUGAUAUAAAUGAGUGUCGGGAUGAAAAAGUAUGUGCUCACGGUCAGUGCUUCAAUCGGGAGGGCUAUUUUGUUUGCAUGUGUGAUGAAGGAUUCUCGCUUACUCCUGAUGGCAAGGCCUGCAUAGACAUUGAUGAAUGCCAGGAUGACAGCGUGUGCAUCCAAGGUCACUGUCAAAACACAGAGGGGUCAUUUAUCUGCAACUGUGAGCCCGGCUUUAUAUUAUCAUCCACGGGAGACCAAUGUAACGAUGUGGAUGAGUGUUUGGAGUUACCUCAGACCUGUGAUGGUGUGGGGCAGUGCGUCAAUAUCUUGGGAUCUUACCAGUGCAACUGCCCACAUGGAUAUAGACAAGUUAAUGGCACCAGCUGCCAAGAUGUUGAUGAGUGUGAGGACGAGACACAGCUGUGCAUCCCCAACGGCGAGUGUUUGAACACAGAGGGUUCGUUUCUGUGUGUUUGUGAUGCCGGCUUUGUGUCCACCAGGGAUCCACCAGCCUGUGAGGAUGUAGAUGAAUGUGUGGAUGGCAGCAGAUGUUUAAAUGGUACCUGUUCAAACGUAGAGGGCUCAUAUCUCUGCCAUUGUGAAGCAGGCUAUCGCCUGGAGCCAACCAAUCAGACAUGCCAGGAUAUUGAUGAGUGUGCUGACUUUGGGAAGUCUAUUUGUGGGGUUUGGGAAUGUCUGAACACACCUGGCUCUUACCGAUGUGAGGUGCCCUGCCCACCUGGCCAUUCCCGAGGCGAACUUGGCGUCUGCAUCGAUGUGGAUGAGUGUUCUCUGAAUGAGAAUACCUGUGGAAGUCAUGGUGUGUGUCAGAAUACAAUAGGCUCCUUCAGCUGCCAGUGCGACCCGGGAUUCACAGACUCUCAGGAUGGGCAGGGGUGUGUGGAUGUGAACGAGUGUGAGAAGCUCGGUGACGUGUGCGGUGAGGCCACCUGUGAGAAUCAAGAAGGCACCUUCCUGUGUUUGUGUCCUGACGAGAUGCAAGAAUUCGAUCCGAUGUCGGCCAAAUGCUUCUCUACACCUCCAGUGGAAAGGAAGGAGUGUUACUUCAACUUGAAUGAUGAGAACCUGUGUGAUAAUGUGCUGGCCAGCAGCAUGACUAAAGAGGAGUGCUGCUGUACGCUAGGAGCCGGCUGGGGGGACAACUGUGAGGUCCAUCCCUGCCCCGUACCAGGAACAGAUCAGUUCUCCCAGAUGUGUCUUGCAGGCCGGGGUUACGUUCCUUCUGGAGAUCCUAUGAUUCCUGGAACCAGCUUAGCAGAAAGCUUCAAAGACGCAAAUGAAUGCACGCUUUUUGGAAAUGAGAUCUGCAAAGAUGGCUUUUGUUCCAAUACCGCCGGUGGGUACGAGUGUUACUGCAAGACCGGACUCUACUAUGAUGACAGCAAACUGCAGUGUGUUGGGCAAAGAGAAACUGAUUUGUACACAGAUAUUUGCUGGAAGACCAUAAUGGAAAACCUGACCUGUACAAAGCCCAUUCCCAAUCUACAGACCACCUUCACAGAAUGCUGCUGUUUACAUGGAAAUGCCUGGGGCAUGAAUUGUGCUCUCUGCCCCCAGAAAAAUACAGAGGUCUAUGCCACUAUGUGUAAUACCCGUCAGUUUAGUGGCCCCCAUCAGCCGUAUGGUCAGGAUGCUUUGGUCGCCGGCCCGGUCACUGAAUAUGGCCCUGAAUAUGGCCCUGAAUAUGACUCUCGACCUUUGAACCCUGAUGGCACGCUGCACCUCUACGAAGAUUACGACGAACCAAGAAAUCCAUACGAUGCAUUUGAAGGGCUGCGAGCAGAGGAAUGCGGUGUGCUGAACGGGUGUGAGAAUGGACGGUGCGUGCGGGUGCAGGAGGGAUACACCUGUGACUGCUUCGACGGAUACACACUCGACAUGUCCCGCAUGGCGUGCGUGGAUAUCAAUGAAUGCUCAGAGCUGAAUACGAAGAUGUCUCUUUGCAAGAACGGCAAAUGCAUCAACACGCAAGGCUCCUAUAAGUGUGUGUGUCUGCCAGGAUUUGUCCACUCCGCCCAGCACAACUACUGUGUGCCCCAAAGACAGAACGCAACCGGCACGAGCACGGAGUGACCGACAGGGGGCGCAAGAUACAACAAAAACACUCUUAUUUAAUCAAGGCCCAUAUACUCUGCACUGUAUAAAACAAACACCCAAAAUUCACCCUAGAAAUAAAGUCCUACUUGAGAUGAAGAGUUUAAUGUGCUAUCUUAUGGUGUCUAUGAGAGAACUGUAUAAAAUAUUUGUUUUAUUGGUCUAUGUAAGUUUAUUAUUUUUACUGUAUUAGGAAGUAGAAAGUUUUUUUUUUAGGUGUGAACAUAGCAGAGGUGAUAUUUCAGCAAACUGACAAACCCUAUGACCUUAAGCUGGGGGACUGCUUUAUUUUAACCCAGUCAAAGACGCAGAGCGUGUGGAUAUUUUACUAAUGCAAAAGCCAGAACCUCUCUUUCCCAUUUUAUUUGAGCUAUUCUUUUGAUUUUAGUUUGUGUCUUUUCCCUUCUUGAUGUUUUGAUUUUUUUUUUUUCCAUUUCUUUUCUUUUCUAUUCUUAUUUCACAUUUUUCCGUAAGGUCUUAGCGAGGCAGAACACACCACAAACACACAAACCUUCAGUCUGUAGAUUUAUUGAAACAUGCACAUACACUACAAAAAAAAAAGUGUCAAGUCUUUAAAAUAAGCUUUUUAUAUGAGCUGCUUUGUAUUAAUGACAGACACCAGCUAAUUUUCUGUGUCUGGGACGUUAGUCCACUGCAGAUGUCUGCCCUGUGGAGCAGACAUGACCUUUAACCUCACCUUUCUUCUAGAAAUUGUUUCUUUGAAAAGAAAAUAAUAAAAAUGAAGUGCCUUUAUGUGUUUUUUUCAGAUGUUUUUUUUUUUUUAACAGAUAUCUUUUACUGCGUUUGAUCGAGUUGGCGAAAUGUCUUGCCAAGUUGCAAAGCUGCUAUUAAACAGCCGUGGGAUUUUUUUUUAAAAACUCUUUCUUAUUUUUUUUUUUUUUUUGUACAUUUAAACUGAAGAGUUGAUUAAAAACUAUGUAUUUGUAAUUUGUACAUGAAUAAAUAUAUUCUGAAUAUCCAUAUAAUGUAUUAAAAGUCUUGAAAUAAAUCAGAGAUGGUGAU